AUGGACAAGCAGCACGAAGAACUUCUUCGGCGGCCCCUCUACGUCUACGACCUGCCCCCCGAAGUCCUCACCACCCUCGCUCUGAAGACAGACGUCGACAACGAGGCCCAGCUUCUCGAGGAACAAAGGGUACAGUCGCAAAAGAGGAAAAAUGACACGGAGGAGAGUCUCGUUGGCUCCCAGGCCUGUUCCCUCUGCGGACUGAGCUUCGCCUCCCUGCUGGACCAGAGGAGCCACCUCAAAUCCGACUGGCACCACUACAACCUCAAACAAAAGCUUCGCGGAAGCCCCGCCGUGUCAGAGGUGGACUUUGAAAAGUUGAUUGGCGACCUUGACGAGAGCUUGUCCGGCUCCGACUCUGAAGACACCGAAGAUGACGACGACAGCGACAAUGCCCGCAAGGAAACAACACUCACAACGCUACUGAAGAAACAAGCCGUCAUUGCCGACAGGAACAACGAUAACAAAGAGGACAAUGACGGCGAGGGAAGCCUGUCAAGAUCGAGACGAAAUCCAGGGAAACCACCGCUGAUAUGGUUCACCUCGUCCGUCCUGCCCAAGAAUCACUUCUUCGGCCUCUACCGGGCCAUCCUGACGGCGGAGGACCUGCGUCUCGAGCCCAAGAUGGUCGACGUCGUCAAGGCCAAGCAGCUCGAGCCCCUCGCCAUGCCCAAGGUCGGCAAGGAUGGCAUUCUUCCCGAAAUCGCCUACAAGGGCCCUCACUUCUUCCUCUGCAUGAUCGGCGGCGGCCACUUCGCCGCCAUGGUCGUCUCUCUCGCGCCUCGGCCGGGUAAAGGCGCGACAGGCCCGCUGAACAGGGAGGCAACGGUGCUCGCCCACAAGACGUUUCACCGGUAUACGACGCGAAGGAAACAAGGUGGCUCGCAGUCGGCAAACGAUAACGCCAAAGGCGCCGCGCAUUCAGCCGGCGCCAGCAUACGACGCUACAACGAGCAGGCACUCAUUGACGAUGUCAGGGCCCUGCUGCAAGACUGGAAGGGUCUCCUGGACACGUCGGAACUGCUCUUCAUCCGCGCGACGGGUUCGACGAAUCGCAGGACCCUAUUCGGGCCGUACGAUGGACAGGUACUACGACACAACGAUGCACGACUACGCGGGUUCCCCUUCAGCACGCGCCGCGCCACGCAGAACGAGCUGAUGCGCUCCUUCAUCGAACUCACACGCCUCAAGGUCCGCGAGAUUGACCCCGAAGCGGAGGCCAAGGCGAGAGCCCUAGCCGAGGCGCCGGCUGUGACGAAACCAUCGACGCCAAAGCCGACGAAGCCCAAGCUCUCAGAAGAAGAAGAGACGGCCUUGUUGCAUACCUCUCAGAUCCAGGCUCUGAUCCGACGCUCCAAGCUCCCCGCCCUGCUAUCCUAUCUCAACACAAACAAGGUCUCGCCAGACUUCUUGUUUCAACCCCCGGAGCAGAACCAUCACGCGCCGACGCCACUCCAUCUUGCCUCGAGCCAGAACUCGGCUCCCGUCGUGCUUGGCCUCAUCGUCCGUGGCGGCGCCGACCCCAGCUGUCGCAACGAACAGGGCAAGACCGCCUUUGAGAUUGCCGGAGAUCGCGCGACGCGAGAUGCCUUUCGCGUUGCCCGUUCAGAGCUCGGCGAGGACAGGUGGGACUGGGACGCUGCGGGUGUGCCGAUCGCCAUGACCAAGGUCGAUGCGGACAAACGCGAGGAACGUGACCGCAAGGAGCGUGAGGGCAAGGAGGCUGAGAGGCGCAAGGCAGAGGAGGAGAGACUGAAGGUCGAAGGCCCGGUUGUCAAGGCUCGGAAGGGCACGCCGCUGGGGCUCGAUAGUCGGGGGCCCAUGAAGUCGGCAGAAGAGAGGCGGCAGGAGGAGGCCAGAGGCCUGACGCCCGAGAUGAGGAUGCGGCUGGACCGCGAACGCAGGGCGCGGGCGGCCGAGGAGAGACUCAAGAGGAUGCAGCAGGGAUGA